AUUCCGCGCGACGUCAAAGCGUGAGCCACGUGGGAGGCGCCUCCUGCUCGGCGGAGGUAAACAUCUGCAGUCAGUUUUCUACCUCAAUUACCGCCCCGUUCCUCACCCCACAAGCCCCGGACCGAGCCCCGCCGCACCGAGGACCCGUUCCCCUGCCCCGGCGUUUCCUCCAGAUCAUGCCCCACGACCCCGACCCUCCUCCGGCCAAGAAGUUUAAGCCGGGCUCGCCGUUCUCCCGCCUCGAGAAGAAGCCUGGCAUGCUGCUGCCCAGGAAAGGAGCCGCUCCGCUCCUCCUGGACUCCCAGAGGAAACAGCUGCCCAUCUACCAGGCCCGCUCCCAGCUCCUCAGCCAGCUGAGACAGCUCCACAACGCCGUGCUCAUCGGAGAGACUGGUUCAGGUAAAACCACACAGAUUCCUCAGUACCUGUAUGAAGCUGGAAUUGGGCGGCAGGGCCUUAUCGGGGUCACUCAGCCCCGGCGUGUGGCCGCCAUCUCUCUGGCAGGAAGAGUGGCUCAGGAGAAGAACUGUUCUUUGGGAAAGCUGGUGGGCUACACUGUACGAUUUGAGGACGUGACGUCGUCUGAGACCAAGAUAAAGUUUAUGACUGACGGUAUGUUGCUCAGAGAAGCGAUAGGAGACCCUCUGCUCCUGCGCUAUACUGUGGUGAUCCUGGACGAGGCUCACGAACGUACCAUCCACACCGACGUCCUCUUCGGCGUGGUGAAGAGUGCCCAGCGCAAACGCAAAGAGCACAAUAAGAUACCUCUAAAGGUCCUUGUGAUGUCAGCCACCAUGGAUGUGGACCUGUUCUCUCAGUACUUUAAUAAGUCCCCUGUACUGUACCUGGAGGGCAGGCAGCACCCCAUACAGAUAUACUACACCAAGCAGCCCCAGUCUGAUUACCUGCAGGCAGCUCUGGUCUCCAUUUUUCAGAUCCAUCAGGAAGCCCCAUCAUCUCAUGACAUCCUGGUGUUCAUGACUGGUCAGGAGGAGAUCGAGGCGCUGGCUCGUACCUGUCGGGACAUCGCCAAGCACCUGCCGGACACCUGUGGGCCAAUGACUGUCAUCCCCCUGUACGCCUCACUACCCCCCACCCAACAACUCAGGGUUUUCCAGCCUGCACCAAAGGGUUGUAGGAAAGUCAUUCUAUCAACCAACAUCGCAGAGACGUCUAUAACCAUCUCUGGUAUCAAAUACGUCAUCGACACAGGAAUGGUGAAAGCAAAGCGCUAUAAUCCAGACAGUGGUUUGGAGGUGUUGGCAGUGCAGCGGGUAUCUAAAGCGCAGGCGUGGCAGCGAGCCGGCAGGGCGGGCAGAGAGGACUCGGGCUCCUGCUACCGCCUUUACACUGAGGAGGAGUUCGACAACCUGAUCAGCAUGACUGUACCUGAAAUACAGAGGUGUAACUUAGCAGGAGUUGUUCUGCAGCUGCUGGCUCUGGGAGUUCCAGAUGUGCUAAACUUUGACUUCAUGUCCAAGCCUUCACCUGAGUCGAUGCGUAUGGCAGUGGAGCAGCUGGAUCUGCUUGGUGCAGUGGAGAGGAAGGAUGAUCAGGUGAUUCUUACUCCUCUGGGUAAGAAAAUGGCCUACUUCCCGCUGGAGCCCCGCUAUGCCAAAACCAUCCUGAUCUCUCCAGAGUUCUCCUGCACAGAGGAGGUUCUGACUAUCCUUUCUCUGCUCUCUGUGGACUCUGUGCUCUAUAACCCCCCUGCCCGCCGGGACGAGGUGCUUGCCGUGCGCAAAAAGUUCAUCUCUAGUGAGGGAGACCACAUGACGCUGCUCAACAUCUACAGAGCCUUCAAGAAAGUCAGCGGCAAUAAGGAGUGGUGUAGAGAGAACUUUGUGAACAGCAGGAACAUGGGCCUAGUGGCUGAGGUCCGAUCUCAGCUGAGAGACAUCUGCAUUAAGCUGGGGCUGAAGCUGGAGUCUUCACAAUCAGAGCUGGUGAACGUGCGACGCUGCCUGGCCCGCGGAAUGUUCACCAACGCAGCCGAGCUACAGCCAGACGGCAGCUACGUGGCCCUGGACACCCACCAGCCCGUGUCCAUCCACCCGUCCUCCGUCCUGUUCCAGGCCAAACCAGCCUACGUGGUCUUCAAUGAGCUCCUGCACACGUCUCGCUGCUACAUGAGGGACCUGUGCCUGGUGGAUUCCGACUGGCUGCAGGAAGCCGCGCCCGAGUACUUCCGGCGGAAGCUCCGCACGACCAGGAGCUAGUGCUUUCAGGGGCCACCAAGGGGACCAGGGGCCAGAACACAAUAAUGCUGCUUUGAUCAGCCUUCAAAGGAAUGUUCUUCACAGGAAUGUUCUUCACAGGGAUGUUCUUCACAGGAAUGUUCUUCAGUUAUUAGAUGUCACGAUAACUGCAUACCUUUGCUCCACCUUUUUCUUUUCUUCACAAGCUUGUGGACACUGAAGGCCAAUGAUUUAGGAGCGUUUAAGGACACUUGUUGAGUGGAGCAUCAAAACAGUUCGACAGUUGGCCGAUUCACACAUUUGGAGUGAAUUGGAGUUUUUGUACAAACUUCUUUGCAGGUCCACUAAAGGGUGCGUUUGACUAUUUGUGGAGUUAAGCUGUUUUUGAACCAGGAGCCCUUUCUACUUGAUGAUGAUGAUGAUGAUGAUGAUGAGGACCUUGAGAUGCCAUACCUGUUCCAAAUAUUACUCUACUGAACGUAGUGUAGGGUUAGUUGGAUGCACAUUAGGUAAGUCUUUGCCAGAGAGUACGUUUAAAUGCAUGUUCAUAAUCUGAUUACUGCAGAUAAUCUGAUUUAUAAUAUUUAUUUCACAACUACUUGAAUAAAGAGAGCUGAAUUUUAGCUCAGUAACUGUAAUUCUUGGUCCAUGUUAGGGCUGGGCAAUAUGAUAAAAGAAAAGUCACAUCUCAAUAUAGCAUAGAGAAAUGGUAAUAGUACAGUAAGAUAUGAUAAACUUAAUUUAACAAAGGUAACAGAUAUAAUGUUAUAUUUAUUUGUAACAUAAAAGCUAGCGUUUUGUGUGGUUAGCGGCUAAUGCUAAUAGUGCUGGAAAAUUAACCUGAAACCCCGGUUUAACACUGUACUUCAGCGGAGUGGCUUUACUGCUGCUUACAACCGGACUGGUAAAAUUCAUACAACACAAGGCACACCGGAUUGUGAGAUGCACUGAUGAUUUUUACAAAAAAUUAAGGAUUUUAAUUGCACCUUAUAGAAAAUUGUGUAAAAAGUACGGUACCCAAUUUCAUAUAAAUGCAUUGAUUGGAUUUAAUUACUGACAAACUCAGAUUAUUGAUAUGUUCUGCAGUAAUCGGAUUAUGAAGUGCAUGUAGACACUCUCAGUUUUCAUCCACAGCUCAGUUGGAUCCACAAAACUGAUCUGUCUUCUUUAUCUUUUUGGAUACAAUUCGCCUGUAAGCCAAUACAGUACCUGGACCAGCUUUGGCGGGAUAGAGUCUGAUCUUAAUCAGUUUUCAACAGCCCAUGUGAAAACUGACUUCGGGUUUUUUUGGCUCAUAACUUGAAAGACUGAGUUUAUGCUUUGGUUGUAGCAGAUGCCUUACUGCUAGAACUCUAACUCUUAACAGCCUAUUGCCAUACAUCAACACCGAUGGAAAGACACACAGUUAUUGUACAUUGUGUUUCAGGCCAUGCUGUUUUUAUACCAAGACUGUAACAUACUGACAUUGAAAUAUUUUCUGCCACAGCUGUCCAACAGCUGUUAAUUAUACAGCUCUAUAAUUAUAGAAUAAAUCGGUUUUAAACACAGUGCUUAAAUGCCAACAAGAGACGUGCAUAUAGUUUAGUAAUAUAUAUAUAUGGAGUAUUUAUUUCAUAGAGGGAAGAGGAUAUUGCAAGUGCUUUCUAUUCCUAACAAUAGAGUCCUAUUGUGUAGGGUGUGGUGGUAGUGUUAUGCAAUUUCUGGUUUGAUAGGUUGAUAUAAUUGUCUAAAGCUGAAGCCAAGCCUGAAGCUCCACAACAAUUACAUACAGUUAUAAAGAAGGUAAAGUAGUGAUAGAUUAAAAAAACAAAAAAAAAAUUAAAUGCUAUUAGCCAGGAUUCACCCUGCAUGUACCCUCCCACCCAUGUGCAUGUUUAAAAAAAAAAGCAAUACUUUAGUCUAUUUUGUUAAAAUAUUUGAUAUGAUAAAACCAUGUCUCAGGCUUCAGGCAGCAUAUUUAUAACUAGGGCUGCACAAUAUGUUGUUUGUUUUAGAACCAUUUUAGCAAUGUGAGCAUGACAUGCCUUCUGACAUGCUCUGUUACCACAGAUCACAUUUGAACCCAGUGAUUUCCUUGGUGUUUGAGUUAUAAACACUGACCUUAGCUUGGGUUUAGUGUCUCUCUAGGGCUUGACACUGUCUUAAUGAAUUCUUACACCCCCCAAACAAAGCAUUCCGAAACCAUAAUGCUACCGCCACCAAGCUUCACGGUUGGUUCGUAUUUUUAAGGAGCAGUGUUUGGGUUUUGCCUAUGCAUGAAUUGGUCCAGGUCAACCAAAAAGCUUUACACUAAAUACUUUUUCCAGACUUUUAGACCCAUUCGGACCAUUUGGCUCUGAUUGUAGUUUGGUGAAGCCGUAAAGCCUUAGGCUACGUUUUAAUGGUGCGCAAUAGACACAUUGCAGUACAUGCAGUGUUACAUGAAAUUAAAUCUGACAAGAAUUGAAGCUUGAAUACACAGUGUGUAUUACUAAUAUCAUCACAUUGAAUUAUGUUGAAUUGUUAGUAGUAAAAUUCUAGAUUGUAUUUUUUUUUACUCUCAAUAUGUCAAAUUCAACUUGCUACAUUCUGCUUUAUAGAAAAAGAACAUUUCUACUGUUCUUAUUUUCAGUGGGUGAUAUAGCCCUAAAAUAAUAUCACGAUAUUUCAGUGUAUUUUUGUGAUAUUUUUGUAUACACUGCUGCAUUAGUAUGAAUAUUACAUUUUAUUUGGUGAUAUUAUUGCAUACGAUAUGAUAUGGCACACCCCUAACUGAGAUUUUCACCGGAUUCUAACAGACGUCAAUGAUCCAGAAUGUCAUGAUACUAAUAAUGCCCUCCAAAUAUCUCCAUAUAUCCAGAAUUAAUGUAUAAUAAAUGAUACUGGACAGAUAUAAUCUAUCUGUAGUAGAUAACUAUUGGGGAAAAAGAACAGUGUGAAUUUUUCUUUUGUUCCAAACAGCAAAACAUUUAUGAUAUAUGGCACACCCAUAUUACCACAGGCAAAUAUCUGGCCAUUAUCAUUUAUUUUACUCUAAUUUUUAAUAUACAGCAUGUCUCAUUUAAGAUCACUACAUGUUGGACAAUUGACUUUUUACUGAAAAUUUGUAUGUUUUUUAACAUUUCAACAUCCACCACAGACAAAAGUUUAAAUUGGUCCAAUAUUGUUAACAUCUAACCAUCGAACCAUGAGAAAAAAAAUAUUUUUAAUUAUCACAAUACAUAUAUUGCAAUAGCAAAUUUCACAAAUUCAUUUUUACCCAAUAUUGUGCAGCCCUACUUUCUAUAAUGCAGUGCUUCCCAUUCUGAGAAUGGGUUUCUCUACAACAGAGCAUAUAACAUUUAAACCAUGCUGAUCAUCUCUUAACCAUUUAAUUUAAAUACAUUUGAAUAAACUUCUGUGUCAUUCCGCUUUGAUAAAUCUCCAGAACUCUAGUCUUAGUCUUAUACUGGGGGCUGCAUUACCUGCUAAAUUCUUAAAGAAUCUAGUGCUGCUUUUGGCUUAGAUAAUAAGAAUGUGGCAGAUUCAGCAGCAGUGGUUUUAGACGUCGGCCUCGAUUAGCUAUGCAUGCCUUUCUUUAGUACUGUAGUAUUUGUAUACUACUGAUGUCCAGACACACGUUCUGCUUGUUCUGAUACCUUUUACGUUCCCACAGCUUGUGACAGAUCAUUGCACAUCACAUUGAAGUAUUUCUGUAUCGAUAUGCUAUGCAUGAUGAACAAAAUAUGACCACUCAGGUUUCUAAAGGUACACUGAAUGUACCUCAGAUAUAUUUAAUAUAGAUGUAGGGAUUCUUUUUUUCUUUUAAAACAACAGAGUUUUGGUUAUGAAUUAUUGCAUGUGGGUUAGUGAUGCACAUUCUUACCUUAAGAGUAGGUUCUGAAUACUCACAGUAUCCACAGUAUGAUUAACCUUUUUACAUUUCAAAUAUGCUUGGAUUUUUUUGAGGUAUUGUUUUUUUUCUGUGUUCUUUCUUUUAAAUGGAUCAAAUGAUUCCUCUCACAAUUUGGUUCUGCUUUUAUUUUAUUUAUUUUUUUAUUUACUUAUUUGAGUGUUUUAGGUUAAAAUCAGCUACCAAAAAAACAUGUAUUCAGGCAAAACUAACCAGCUACAUUAUUGCUGCAGUUUGAAGGAGGGAACAGUUCCUUUUUUUCUUUCCUGUUAAAAAAAAAAAAGAUAUUCCACAUGCUUUUUUUUUCUAUGAGGAAGGGUUUAUUUUUUUUUCUUUUUUUUUUCUUUUGGAGAAGUGAGAAGAGUCAUUUUGGUGAGGCAAGAACACUGAAGAGUUGCUUUGCUACAAGAUGCUUGAACUUUUCUUAAUUAAAAAUUAUUUCAAGCGAA